GGUUUUUGUCGCUUAAACGCUCACCAUCAUCGUUUUCCCGCAUUUCUCUCUCUCUCUCUCUCUCUCUCUCUCUCUCUCUCUCUAGCUCGCUCGCUCGCGUGUCCGGUCGUUUCUCGUCUUGCAGGUUUCAGGUAUGCUUAAGAAACCAUCAAGGCAUUGAAACAUGUUAGAAGAAAGCUAGAAAAGGAGAAUCUUUUUGAAGGGAAAAGUUCUGGGCUUUUUUUUUUAAAAAAAAAAUAUUGUAAGCAAGGUCGUAGCCAUGGGGAGAGGUGCAGCCGCAGUUUUGUUCAGAGCCUAUUCGUCGAAGAACAGGGCUUGUAAGAUUAGGGUUCUCUCGUCGAGUUCAAAGUUCCAUACUUUUCGAGAAACUGAUAACUGGGAGUUACAUAAACAUCGUUCCAACUCGAUUUUUGAAUUGCCUACAAGCCGAUUCUCCUCGGGCUCUAGUGAUUUGGUUCGAUCUCGGCUUCCAUGGAGUAAUUACAGAUAUUGGAGUUCUGAGUCUGAUAAAUUUAGAGCCUUUUUCUCUACUGCGGAUAAUGACGGUGAAAAGGAUGAGAGGCUUGAAUCUGAUGAAUUAGUUGUGGAGGGUAUGGAAGGUUUUGUCGAAGAUUUGGGAUCUGAGGCUGAAGAUGUCGAUGAGAAUGGCGAAAUUACCGAAGACGAAGACACAGGUUCUUUGGUUGCUGAAAUGCAAGAGAGUGAUGAUGGUACGAAGAACAGGGAGAUUGCUUGUGAUUUGGGCAUUCAACGUCGCGAUCCUGUGGAAAUUUACACAGAGCUUAAACAAAACGAAGAUCGGUAUAAGCCUCAGCGAUCUGAAUGGGAUACUUUGAUUGAAAUUUUCCAAUGUUUUGCAAGAUCAGGCUGGGCAGCUAAUCAGGCUCUUGCUGUUUACAUAGGAAGAUCCUUCUUUCCCACCGCCGUUAGCAAGUUCCGGAAGUUCUUCCUCGAGAAAUGUAAAUCCGAUAUUGUUCAUGAUCUGGUUCUCAUAGGUCCAUCCGACGAGGCCGUUAGGCUUCUCUUCCCUGUAUUUGUUGAGUACUGUAUUGAGGAAUUCCCAGACGAAAUCAAGCAUUUCCGUAGUAUGAUUGAAUCUGCAGACCUGACAAAGCCCCACACGUGGUUUCCCUUUGCACGAGCUAUGAAGCGUAAGAUUGUUUACCAUUGUGGACCGACAAACAGCGGGAAAACGUACAAUGCUCUGCAGCGGUUUAUGGAAGCUAAGAAGGGGUUAUACUGUAGCCCGCUUAGGUUAUUAGCCAUGGAAGUCUUUGACAAGGUGAACGGUUUAGGCGUCUAUUGCACUCUCCUUACCGGACAAGAGAAGAAAUAUGUUCCAUUCUCAAAUCAUAUUUCUUGUACGGUUGAAAUGGUGUCGACGGAUGAAUUAUACGAAGUGGCCGUGAUUGAUGAGAUACAGAUGAUGGCAGACCCUUGUAGAGGUUAUGCCUGGACAAGGGCAUUGCUCGGGCUAAAGGCCGAUGAAAUACAUUUGUGCGGGGAUCCGAGUGUAUUGGAAAUUGUGCGUAAGAUUUGUGAUGAUACGGGUGACGAGUUGCACGAGGAGCAUUACGAGAGGUUCAAGCCGUUGGUGGUAGAGGGCAAGACCUUAUUGGGAGAUCUUUGUAACGUGAAAUCCGGGGAUUGUGUGGUGGCUUUUUCUCGGAGAGAGAUAUUCGAGGUUAAAAUGGCUAUCGAGAAACAUACAAAACACCGGUGUUGCGUUAUCUAUGGUGCGUUGCCGCCUGAAACCCGUAGACAGCAAGCUAAUCUGUUCAAUGUCCAAGACAAUGAGUUUGAUGUUUUGGUGGCUAGUGAUGCAGUUGGAAUGGGUUUGAACCUUAACAUAAGACGGGUCGUGUUUUACAGUCUCCACAAGUAUAACGGUGAUAAGAUCGUUCCAGUUCCUGGGUCACAGGUAAAACAGAUUGCAGGGAGAGCCGGGAGAAGGGGAAGCCGAUACCCGGAUGGACUUACGACAACCUUACACUUGGAAGACUUAAGUUAUCUGAUAGAGUGUUUGCAACAGCCGUUUGAUGAAGUUAAGAAAGUUGGGCUAUUCCCGUUCUUCGAGCAGAUUGAGCUUUUCGCUACGAAACUUCCCGAAAUGCAGUUUGCUAAGUUGCUGGAGCAGUUUGGGAAGAACUGCAGGCUCGACGGGUUGUACUUCUUGUGCAGCCAUGUUCACAUAAAGAAAGUAGCAAACUUGUUGGAGAAAGUAAGGGGAUUGUCGUUAGAAGAUCGGUACAACUUCUGCUUUGCGCCGGUUAAUAUCAGGAACCCGAAGGCUAUGUACCAUCUGCUUCGGUUUGCUUCGACGUAUAGCCAAAACAUGCCGGUUAACAUUGCGAUGGGAAUGAAAUGCAUUAAAGUUUCUGAUGGAAACCCGGUUCUAUUUACUGAAUCUGAUAUCUGACCAUGCCGGUUCCGCUCUGUUUCUUCUCUCUUUCUGUCUAUGUACCUGUGGCUAUCUAACCAGUUUGAGGAGAAGAAUUUCCCGUACGUCGAGAAGGCUGAGGCAAUGGCCACUGACAUUGCCGAGCUUUUGGGUGAGUCGUUGACGAAAGCUUCUUGGAAGAUGGAGACUAAGCAGCAAGGGAAGGAGGAGGAAGAAGAAGAAGUAUAUCGAAGACCGACUUCACUAAUCAAAUUAGUCGAUAAGCGGAGACAAGAAAAGUCGCUACGGAAGGAGCAACCGAAGAAACUGUCCGCAUAAUGAUCAUGCUCGGAAAAUAUGACAUGAUAUUUGCAAGAGUUAAUCUCAUAUUAGUCUUGCUUUGGGAAAAUUUCUUGCCUGGAAAAGGGCAAGAAGCAUGGAACAGUAGAAAGCCAUAGAGUUAGUAGACCUGACUUAGAUCAAGAGAGUGUUUUUCUUAUUUAUAUAAGAUUCUUAUUGUUAGCAAACCUAGGAAGCUUUCUGCUCUCUGAUGUAAGAACCCUAUACUUGAGGCUGCAUCCAAAAUCAAAAUUUCUGAUUUCAUGAUC